AGACAUACUGAGAGGAGAGAGAGACAGAAAGGGAGACUGGGAGACAGUCUGUACUGCAUUGCAUUGGCACUGGCUUGGAAAGCAAAACAGAACAGAAAAGAGAGAAAAAGGAAGCGAGAGUUUUUUUGGUGAUCCUGGAACAACUGCAACACUGCACUGAAGGAGGAGGGGGGGCAAGUGGGAGGAGAGAAAGAGAAGGAGGGAGAGAAAGGAAAGACAGAAAUAGUCACACACAGAAGCGCAAAACAGACUGUCAAGGAAUAUCUGUCAAGGAAUAAUUUUCCUUCCCAUUGAGUCACUCUAUAAUCUUCCUCCUCCAGCAUGCCUUUGUUCUUCCUCCUCUCACUCUUUUUUUUUUAUCUCAACUUGAACUAUUCAUGCAUUAAAUUUUGAAUGCAUCUUUCUCCUCUCCCUGACUCUCACUGUCUCUCUUUCUCCAUCUCUCUCUCUCUGUCUUCCUCCCUCCCUUCUCCUCACCACCUGUUAGUCUUGAUUCUCUCUUCACCGGUAUUUCCAGUUUUACGGGGGAGUUUCACACUCACGCUAUUACUAAGGUAAAACCCAUAGAAGCCUUAAGACACGGAUCAGUGAGCACCGCAGCAAUAUACGGACAGCCCUAUGACUGUGCGAAAGGGAAACAAGCGCCUGACCAUCUCCAUCCAGGAACACAUGGCCAUUGACGUCUGUCCCGGGCCAAUCCGCCCCAUACGACAGAUCUCUGCCUACUUUCCCCGCCUCUCGCCCACUUCCUCCGUCUCUGAGUUGAAUCCAGCCAAUCCAUCUGGAUUUCCUUCCACGCUCAGCCCCAGCAGCGGAGGAGGGGCAGUAGGGGGAGGAGGAGGGGGCGGCGGUGGCCUGUUGUCCCCACUGUUGGCGGGGGCAACGGGAGACGGUGGAGGGGGCACGUUGUCGGCCAUGGGUAGCAUGGACACAUCAAUCGAGAUUGACAGCUGUGACAGCGAUGACAGCACCGCCUUGGGGACAUUGGAGUUUGACCUGCUGUAUGAGCGAGCCACCAGCUCCUUACACUGCACCGUAAUCAAAGCCAAGGGUCUGAAGCCGAUGGAUUUCAAUGGCCUGGCCGAUCCUUACGUCAAGCUGCACCUGCUCCCAGGAGCCUGCAAGGCGAACAAACUGAAGACCAAGAUCGUGCACAACACCCUGAACCCUGUGUGGAAUGAAAGACUCACCUACCUGGGCAUCACAGAGGAGGACAUGUACAGAAAGACACUCAGGGUGUCUGUGUGUGACGAGGACAAGCUGACGCAUAACGAGUUCAUCGGAGAGUCGCGGGUGGCCCUGCGCCGCGUGAAGCCUGACCAAACCAAACGCUUCAACAUUUGUCUGGAACACCCACCGCCCCUUCCCUCCCCUUCUGCAAUGAGUGCGGCACUGAGAGGCAUUUCCUGCUACCUGAGAGAGUGGGAGAGUGAACAGCAGAGGAGUCUGGAGGAGAGGGGUCGUCUGCUGCUCUGCCUGCAGUUCCUCCCCACGUCCGGUGUGGUCGAUAAGGCCAAAGGGGAGGAGAGGGCCCACGGAGGGCUCUGUGUGGGUGUGCGACGCUGCGCCCACCUAGCCGCCAUGGACGUCAAUGGAUUCUCGGACCCCUAUGUCAAAACGUACCUCAAGCCAGACCUGCAGAAGAAAUCCAAGCAUAAAACAGCCGUCAUAAAAAAGACUCUUAACCCAGAGUUUAAUGAGGAGUUCUUCUAUGAGAUCUCCUUCACGGAGCUGUCCACCAAAACCCUGGAGGUCACCGUCUGGGACUACGACCUAGGGAAAUCCAACGAUUUUAUUGGAGGCGUGUCCUUAGGCUGUCACUCACAAGGAGAAACUCUCCAGCAUUGGAUAGACUGUCUGAAGAACAAGGGCACAAAGGUGGAGCGAUGGCACACGUUGACCAAUGAGCUGCCUGGAUCCACAUUCCAUGAAUGAAAAUGGGCCAAUAAUAAUAUCUCACUACUGUACUGUUUUUGGCCAAAAUGUUUGGCUAAAUUGGGAUUAUGGAUGAAAAGGUGUUCAUCAACGCAUGUUAUGAAGAUGUAUUCUGCAUGACUUGAACAUUUGAGUUCAGAAGAAAUGGUAGGGGUGUGGGGUUAGUUGAGCCAAAGGGGUUAGUUAAGGCAUCCUUGUUUCUAAGAAACCAUACACAAAAUGUAUAAUUUGGCCAAAUACUUAGGAAGCGGUCAUCAUUUCAUGGAGUCUGUGAAGAAAGGUUUCCUAAACUCGGUCCUCGGGACUCCAAGGGGUGCCCUUUUUUUUAUUCCCUAGCACUACACAGCUGAUUCAAAUAAUCAACUAAUCAUCAAGCUUUGAUCAUUUUAAUUAGCCGUGUAGUGUUCAGGCAAAAAGAAAAACAUGCACAAAAGUGGGACGCAAGUCAGGUCCCCAAAAAUGAUUUUCACCAAGUCAAAUGAAUAUGUUAGAGGUUUCAUGAUGCUUGUAUUUGAACCAAAGUAGAUCAUUUUAAGAUUGUUCUAUACAUCAGUUGGGGUCUUUAUGAGUUUCAAUAUGAGGUCCUAAACCUAGCAUGAGGUCCUAAACCUUCAUCCUUGUAGCUGUGUGGGCUAAUAUAGUCAAAAUGUUUACAUUUUGGGUAAGUGUUUUCUUCCCAGGCAUAAUGCAAGGCAUUAUCGCUGGGACAUGAGGUAAUAACAGGGCAUGGCCUAUGUUAAAAAUGAUUCAAAUGAUUCAAAGACAAAAAGUGCUUGUGAUUGUGUUGAAUUGUGUUUGGAAAAUAAAGAUAGACAUGGUUUUAAAAAGGUAGUGGUUAUAUUUCAUUCAGUACAGAAAUGUGCAGCUAAGUUUGUCCCGCAGCUCAACUUACCCCAAACCCAAUGUAAGUUGUACCAAGAGAUCACUUUUUUUGGGACAAACUAGGCUUUCAAUAUUUACAUGAAUUCUGAUUAUUACCAGGGAUACACAACAUCCUGAAAUAUAUAUAUAUAUAUAGAUAUCUUUGUUAGAAAGAAUACUGUACUGUAUGUCCCUUGAUGGAAUGAGGCUGAAUGUAAAAAAUGGCACAACUUACACCACUCUCCCCUAAGUAGAGAAUAUCUCCUUAUACUUAGGCUAUACAUAAUUCUCUUUCACGUUACAGAGGGCCAUAUCCAUUCUGUAUAUUUAAUUUUGCGCUCAGUGUUCAGAAACAUAGCACCCUAGGCUACUGAAUAGACCUCCUGUGAAAAAGGCUAAUUAAAAUCAUGUAAAUCACAUCUAAGGAAGUGAAAAAAUGAAAUUAUUUUGUAAAUUUACUCCUCAUUAUUCAUACUGUUUCGUUUGUUUAUUCUUCUAAAAUUAGAUUUCGUUCUUUCAUUAACUUCUGAUUCGUCCUGACCUGGAAAAUAUCCCCCCGUAUUUCCCUUCUCACUGCCUGAAUACCUCUCCAAAAGCAAUAACGUCUUGCCUAAUGCUUCCAAAGAAUUCUAAAUGGGUCUUAUUAGUCACAAACAUUUUCUAUCGACUGAUGUAACUGCCAUUAAAUGAUCUGCAAAUUAUAAUUCAUUUGAUUAAAUAGUGCAAAGUAAUAAGACAGUUGGUUCUUUGCAUGUUUGAUGUAAUAAAAAAAAUGUGACUGACUUACCUCUCCUCCAGUUUUGGUGGAACAGACACAAAUGCUUGAAGAGCAUCAUUUCAGGAUGUAGGCCUACAUCUCUGUGCUGUUCCAUAUUUUCUCGAGUCACGUUGGGAUGACUACCCUUGUAAAAUAAAUAUGUACUUUGUUCAAAUAAAUCAUUGUGGAAAGGUU